AUGGACACCGAUGACGAUAAUGACGACGAUGCUGGUAUAUUCAGUAUCGCCAACGAAUGCCACAGUGAGGAAGAUGACGCCCUCACUGGUGAAGACAACGUUCUUUCAUUAGUGCACACGAAGCGCACUGCUGUUGACAAGGAUGAAUCAGCAAAUGAAUUUCUGCUGACUCUCGAAGCGGUUGUCCGCUCGUUCAAGACUCUAUAG